AUUCCCUUCAUAAAACACGAAACCCUAUCGUAUUUAUUUGUCCGUUUCGUACUCGGAAGACCUCCUUUUCAAAUCCCCAAUUUUCCCGAGGUUUCAAUUAGGGUUUAGCUCCAGUCGAGAAUGAUGCAGCAGCCAGGAGGGAUGGCGCCACCACCUAUGGGGAUGGAUCAGCAGCAACCCCCUCAGCAGCAGUGGAUGACGAUGCCACCGCAGCCGCCUCACUUCUGGCCUCAGCAGCAGCAGCAACAGCACUACGGUGCGCCGCCAACCAACGCCGCCGCUGCUGGCGUAGCCGAUGAGGUUCGAUCUCUAUGGAUUGGGGACCUUCAGUACUGGAUGGAUGAGAACUAUCUCACAUCGUGCUUCUACAACACCGGCGAGCUAGUAUCUGCUAAGGUAAUUCGCAACAAGCAAACAGGCCAAUCUGAGGGUUAUGGCUUCCUGGAAUUCAGGACACACGGUGCUGCUGAAAAUAUUUUGCAAUCAUAUAAUACUAUGAUGAUGCCUAAUGCUGAACAGAGCUUCCGACUGAACUGGGCUAGUCUUGGUGCGGGAGAUAAGCGCACAGAUGACUCUCCUGAGUACACAAUUUUUGUGGGAGAUCUGGCUGGUGAUGUUACGGAUUAUACCCUGCAGGAAACAUUUAAGGCUGUCUAUCAAUCUGUGAAGGGUGCAAAAGUUGUUAUAGAUAGGGUCACUGCACGCUCGAAGGGUUAUGGAUUUGUUAAGUUUGGGGAUGAGAGAGAGCAACAGCGUGCUAUGAGUGAAAUGAAUGGUGUUCUCUGUUCAACUAGGCCCAUGAGGAUUGGGCCUGCAGCUAACAAAAAACCUAUGAACGCACCAACUCAGAACGCUUCAUAUCAAAAUCCUCAAGGAACUCAGGGUGAAAGUGAUCCCAACAAUACUACAAUAUUUGUUGGCGGUCUAGAUCCCAAUGUGACAGACGACCAUUUGAGACAAGUAUUCUCCCAGUAUGGUGAUGUGGUACAUGUAAAAAUACCAGUGGGAAAGCGUUGUGGAUUUGUUCAGUUUUCUGAUAGGUCCUCUGCUGAGCAAGCUUUAUCAAACUUAAAUGGUACUCUGCUAGGAGGGCAGAAUAUCCGUCUUUCGUGGGGACGCAGUCCUUCAAACAAGCAGACUCAGCAGGAUCAAAAUCAGUGGGGUGGGGGGGCUUACUAUGGAUAUACGCAGGGGCAUGAGGUGCAAGGUGGAUUUGCUCCACCACAAGACCCGAACAUGUAUUAUGCGGGCUAUCCUGGAUAUGCAAACUAUCAACAGCCACAACAGGUACAGAUUCCUUAUGUGUUGUAAAGCUACUACCAGAUUUGCCCACUUUCAAUAUAUAGUGUUUUGGUUCUGUUGGACCUUUUGUACUUGUCAUAUUUUCCUAUUCGUGUUUUGAAAAACUUCUGGUUUCUGAAUGAGUUGUUGAUUGGUUGUUGUGGUCUAAAAAACUGAUCAACUAACUUGUGUCUUUAAUUGCUUUAUUAAUAAUUCUUGUAUGGUAUAUGAUCCAUCUGUCUUUCAUUGACUGAGGAACUCUUUUCUUACUUGCCACUUUUUUUUUUAAUCUAAUUUCUAGCCUUAUGAUUCAUAUAAAAUAUGUUAUUUGCUGGUGUGCAUGUGCUUCAUUUUGAUGCCAGAAAAAGUGAUAAGGUAGCAUGGAUUAUUUACAAUCAUCAAAAUUUAUUAACAUAUUUAAUUUCAGAACAACUAUAGUUUUGAUUGUUAUAACAUUUGUUGUUUUAUAUUUAUGGCUAAAUGGGUUUUUCAUCGUUGCAGUGAUCUGCUGGAUAGCCGUCGGAGCUUUUCCCUUGCUGAGUGUGGCUUAUUAUAUGAUAUUGCCAAGUCGGAUUGGACUUAUAUCUAAUAAUAUUUGGUGCUAUUGUAUUUCGGUUUUGUUGACCUUUUUUCCCCACUGAUUUGGAGGUUUUAUUAGUAAACUACAUGUAUAAUUGUAGUUCUUUGCUUAUGUUGUUGGAAUGAAUUGGUUUCAUAUGGGCUUGCAUGGCUUAGUUUUGAGAUGUGCUGUUUCUGCUAAAUUGCUGACAUGAACAUGCUGCGGCAAAUUCUUGUAAUGUUAUUUGUCAAGCUAACUCUUGGGUGAUUAUUAUUC